CUCCCUCUACUCCCCCCUCUUUCUUCCCCACUCGGCUCCUCUCCCCCCUCGCGCCCACAGCGUUUGGUGUUGAUUCGAGCGGGAAGAGGGGGGUGGGUGGGAUUGGAGGGGAGACCAUGACCUCCAGCUACGGGCACGUUCUGGAGCGGCAACCGGCGCUGGGCGGCCGCUUGGACAGCCCGGGCAACCUCGACACCCUGCAGGCGAAAAAGAACUUCUCCGUCAGUCACCUGCUAGACCUGGAGGAGGCCGGGGACAUGGUGGCGGCUCAGGCGGACGAAAGUGUGGGCGAGGCGGGCAGGAGCCUGCUGGAGUCACCAGGACUGACCAGUGGCAGCGACACCCCCCAGCAGGACAAUGAUCAGCUGAACUCAGAGGAGAAGAAGAAAAGAAAGCAACGGAGAAACAGAACAACCUUCAACAGCAGCCAGCUGCAGGCCUUGGAGCGUGUCUUUGAGCGGACACAUUACCCGGAUGCUUUUGUGCGAGAAGAUCUUGCACGUCGGGUGAACCUCACUGAGGCUAGAGUGCAGGUGUGGUUUCAGAACCGAAGAGCCAAGUUCCGUCGGAAUGAGAGAGCCAUGCUGGCCAAUAAAAACGCUUCCCUCCUCAAGUCCUACUCAGGAGACGUGACCGCUGUGGAGCAGCCCAUCGUACCUCGUCCUGCUCCUAGACCCACCGAUUAUCUCUCCUGGGGGACAGCCUCUCCAUACAGCGCCAUGGCUACUUAUUCUGCCACAUGUGCCAACAAUAACCCUGCACAGGGUAUCAACAUGGCCAACAGCAUUGCCAACCUGAGACUGAAGGCCAAGGAAUAUAGUUUACAGAGGAACCAAGUGCCAACAGUCAACUGAGGAAAAAAAAAUUAAACAGGCCUAAGAAGAAAUCAAAAACCAUAAGAAACCUAUCCUGUUCUGUCAUUUCUUCAUCUGCUGGAAAAAAUAAAAGCAAACAAACAAACAAAGCCAGAACUAAAAUAUUGGGACCAUGGCGGAUAAAAGCAGGAGAGGAACAAAAUGAAAAUUAGUUAACAGUGGUUCCUUCUUCCUCUCGGAUACCAUCACCAUUUGUUUCUGUGUGUGUUUAUUUUGUUUUCCUUCUAUCCAUGCUUUGCUCAUUAUACUCCAGGAUUCUUCAGUUAGGUUCAACCUGCCCAUUCCUAUAAUUGUAUGAGAAUUAAAAAAAAAUCUUCAGCAGCCAAAGAAACACACACACACACACACAUUAUACACACACACCUGUUUGACCUCAGUGCCUUAUUCUGUCUCCUUCUAAGUGCCUCUAGGAGAAUUUGAAAAUCCAAAGUAUUUCUGAGGAAUCUGUAUUGUUUCCAUGUCUGUUGGUCAUGGUAAGGUUUUCUAUCAGCUUCAGGAAAUAUAAAUGCACACACGCUCUGGUAUUUGACCUGUCUGAUUGAUGUUGUUGGCCAUGUCUAGUGAACUCUGAGCUCUAAGGUCUAGAGUGAAUCUGUGGAUUUAAGCUCUAAGUGCUAGGUUAUAAUGUCACCAUCAAUACCAUCCCUCAUCCAACCCAAACAAUAAACCAUCCUAAGUUAAAGAUAUUUGUUGUUUUUGAACAUUUUGAAAAAUUGCUGUCAUUUGCUCUUUGGUAGAAAAAAUACUUUUGGCUUUCGAGAUGGAGAGAAAUUUUUGUAGGAAAUUUUGUGGAAAUUUUUUUUAGAAAAACAAAUAUUAAAUUGUGAAAGGCAUAGCCUUUAUCUCUUUGGUGCCUUAGGGGUGGUCAGAUGCACACUGUGUAUAUUUAUAUAUAUUAUAUAUAAAAUAUUGAAAGCUUGAGUUUUCAGUUUCUCAAACACUAUAAAAGCAAACUUUAACACCAUCAUCACUGUCCUUAUUAACACAGUAAUGAUAUAUUAAUGUGGCACCUUGUUGUUUUCCAUUCUCUAAACAAAAUUCUCAUUAAGGUUAGAGAGCAAUUUCCUAGGGAACCGUUUGAGAACAUCUUUCAUUUUCACUUUAGGGCUUUAAUGGGAUUAGGAAUUAUUUGACAAUAUAAGAAUGAUCUUGAGCUUGGAGCCUGAGCUCAAGUGGGAAGUCUAUAUCAUCUGACAUAUCACAGGAAAUACACACAGGGUGGGUAGUUAGCCAUCGGCUCUUUCUCCACUCCACAGAAAUAUGAAAACCUACUAACACGUUUAACUGAAAUGCUUAAACCUUUCUCUAAAUUCCAAAAAAAUAAUUUAAGGACAAUUAUACCUUUAUAUUUUAGUAAUUUUGAAGUGAGGUUUAGUAUGUAGGGUGGGAGGCAGGGCAGGUAUUUUUGUUUGUUUGUUUGGUUGUUUCUCUUUGUUCUCAGCUGUGCUUUGUCAGCUUUCUUGGUGGACUUGAACAACCAUGCUACCAUGCUGUGUCUAGUUUACCUAUUUAUAAAAUGGGUUUAACAAUUCUUAUAUACCUCACAGGGAUGCUGUGAGGCUGUGUUAGUUUGCUUCCUUCCAUCCUUCCUUCCUGUUCUUUGUUUGUCCAGCACCCUGUAGCCAUGGGAGGAAAGGGACUUUAAGAGCAUCCAGUGUUCAUGGCCUAACAGUAUUUGCAAGCUUUGUUUUCAAGCAGGAAGUGGUAUCUGGCUGUACAUACAUAUAAUCUUGUAUUUGGAAAUGAUAAAUAGGUUUAUAUUUUCAGAUAGAUAUCUCAAUGAUCACAUCAUUUGACCAAAGAAUAAUUUAAGGCACAAAGUAUAGAGAUAUUUUUAACUUAUAUUCUCAUCAACAGCUUGGCAACCAUAGCUCUCAGUGAAUAAAAUGCUUCAGAUUGAUUUUGGCCAAAUAUGUCAACUUUAAUAUGAGUGAAAGGCAAAAUAUGUGGGGUAUUAGAUGCACUUUCAACAUACAUUUGUAUUUUCCUUGGCAUAUCUAAUCGAGUUAAUGGUGAUUUUUUUUCAGCCUAACAGCCACCAAUCUGAAAAUAUAUUUCAAGUGAUUUUGUACUUUGUUUAAUAAUAAGAAGGAAAACCAUCUUGUGUACUUUAAGCUCAUGAAGUGAAUCUUUCUCAAUAGCACCUAUUAAAACAUUUCUUUCAAAAUAGUUCAUGUGGUCUGGCUGAACACACAUUAUUUGUUUUUAAGGAGUCUUUCCACUCAUGUAUUCAUCCCAUUGAUUGCUGUGUAUUAUCAAGUUUCAAAGGAACAGUACAUCCUUAUUGUAAAAAAUUCUUUUGAUUUGUAAAGUGAAUACAAGUCCAAUAGUCUGGUAAACUUUGGGGAUUUCAAGUUUGCAGGGAAUACCUAAAAGAUUUGGAUUAUAGGCAAGGAACAAAAUUUAGAAAUGAGAAGGUUUUGCUAAGGAGGGUGGAAUCGUGGAAGAGAGUCAUAAAAGAAAGUUGUUUGAAUCCUUAAUCCUGACUAUAUUUCUAGUGUCCACCAAAGAGCCUGAUCCCAUAAACUCAAAGGAGAAAGUGGGAGGCUUUACCUGAUGCUUCAAAUCAGUAGUUUCUAGGAAUUCAUAGAAUAACCUAUUCUAGUUAGUCACAGGAAUGCCUGUUCCUGGUGGACCCACACCACACCAUCUUUAUCUGAGCACUUAUCUGGAUAUUAUCUGAAACACUAGCACUCAGUUUUGUUCAUUUAUGAUCCACUUUUUAGAUGAAUAUAAGUUUAACAAGUGAUUUGGAGGAUUAGAUUUCUAGCUUAUAAGUGAAUUGCCAGAAGAGUGUCUCAGUGUCACAGAUUCAAGACCUGUUGCUCUCCACCAACAUACCCAGAUGAAGACAUGGAACUAUUAUUGUCUCCAAUCCCUUCCCAAACAAGAGGUUAAUUAGUAAAGUACUUGGCAGGUUAAAUUAAACCAGAAGUAAUGACCUACAUAAAUGACAUAUGGUAAUAAAGUUCUCGUAAGAAAUGUAAUAUGUAAAUUAUAUCUUGCUUUAUGAUGUAAAAUAUACAUUGUUUGUGAUAGAAUAGAAAUGAUUUCUUUUCAAUAAAAUGAAAGACAGACACUACAAUGUCUUUUGUUAUAAUA